CUACAUAAAAGAAACCAAACACUCACUCUCUCCUGAUCUUACUCUGCUACCGCUAUUCCCUCCCUAUCUGUCUCCUCUCUCUCUCUCUCUCCUUGUGACUGUCAGUAGUCCGUCGAUCGCCGGCGACUAGCCGGCCGGCCGCCGGCGGCGUCGAUCCAUGGAGUGGUGGCAGAGGGCGGUCGUCGUGCCGGUCAAGCGCGCCUGGGUCGUCGUCGCCGCCCGGCUGCGUCGCAAGAAACAAUACGAUGGGCGCGGCGUGCUGGUGAAGCUCCACGACGACAUCCAGACGUGCGCGUACGAGGACGUGCAGGUGAUGUGGGAGAUCCUGCAGCGCUCGGAGACGGCGAGGCUGGCCACCGCGCCGCCGUCGCCGGGGAGCGCCCGGGCGCUCAUCUGGCCCGGCCGCGCCGCGCCGCCUCGCCGCCGCCAUCGAUGACAUGGACCUGCGGCGGCGGCGGCGGUGCUGAGAGUGAGUGAACAUGCCAUUGCCGCCGGCCGGUCGAGCAUGGCCGUCUCUCAGCUAAAGCUCCGGCCAGCUCUCUGCCAUUGCUAAUGCGAAUCCCCUUUCUUGCUGUAUAGCUCUAGAUGCUUGCAUCUUUCUUUACUUAUGUAAAUAAUAUUUACAGUUUCAAGAGAAAGUACCAGUUUUGUAUUUUGCUGCAGUCUUUCUCUUGGUUUCAGAAAUCAGAACUGCUAUCAUCAGCCUAUGGGGCUGUAGGCAUAUCGCUCUCACACUGAAAAAACAAAACAACAUAUUCAGUUCAGGAGAGGGCAGUAAGCAGGCUGAGAAAACAUUGGAGAUACCUUGUAAAAAGAAGGAAAGUACCGGAUAAUCAACGAUGCAUGCAAUUAAAAGAUCUGCGUAGGGUAUCAGAGCUUGUGUCAGCCAGGUGAUCUGAAUUUAGGAUCAAAGAACCUGAAGUGGAGGUCUAAAACUGACAUAUGGUACAAUGAGCACUCUGAGAAGCAGCUCUGCAAUCGGUGAAAUGGUAGUCAUGGCGGCUUCUCAAUCAUUUUUUCCAUUCAAACGACCAUAUAUUUUGAUAGUCUCGUUUCAUUCAUACUGUUCUUUCCAUCAGUGUCUCAGCUGCCAACCAAAUGGAUGUCAGCACAAGCAUAGGAUAGCAAAUCAAAAUGGCAUUGUAGCGUCCCAGUGGCUCAGUGAAUCUCGAGCUGUGCUACAGAGAACAAGAUUUUACCUAUCAGAGGGCCAGAAAUAAGGUUCACAAGAUGCUAAACCCAGGCCGCGUGUAUCAUAACUUCAAAGGUGACUUCUAACAGUUUUCUGGCUUUCUGCUUGAAAAAAAAGGUGAUUAUGCAACUCAACAGAUUAUAUUUAAGGAUACUCAAACGAAACUAUGUUCACAAGUAAUCAGCAGAAGAAAGUACACCAGAGCAAAACCAAAUACAGGUAUGAAUUGUCCGAUCCUUGAGAGCAAGAAGUUUUGCAUGCACCCAAUAAUCUGCAGCAAAUAUGCACAUUCUUAUACAUCAUAUUAGCACGCCAUAGAAGAAGUUUUGCAUUCACAGGCAUUAAGCAUUAACGGAAUCCAGUCUAAUUUCCCCCACCUUAUGAUGAAAAAAAUAUCACUCCAAUCAACAAGGCAAACAGCUAAAAAAAUUAAUGACAUUAUGCAGACCAACAUUAGGGAAAAGGAACAACUAAAAAUGGAGAGACAGUUCAGGCUUACCAUCUACAGCUUCUUGACUAAUCCCUCCGUUCCAUCUGGUACUAGGUUCUUAUAUUUUGGGACGGAGGGAGUAGGUCUCCUUCAAAGCAACAUUAGAUAGAACGGAAGAGGAAAUUCAGACACAGCAUACUUGCAGGUUGCAACAUGUAGCUGUCAUUGUCAAAAUGCUUCCUGAGAUAUUUCUACAAAUUGCCUACACAUACAGAUCUGAAAGACAUUCUUCUCCCCAUUCAGAAUGAAUGUGGAACAAGAAAUUUUAGAUUAAAAAAACAAAUAUAUCAUAAUUUUCAUCAGGAACCCAUUCGUUUAAGGUGAUAAAGUGAGGAUCACAAUGAUAGUGCACAGCUUGGCCAUAAACAUAUCUACGUUUUCAUAUCUGGAGUGAAGAUGGAAACAUCUACCCACUCCCAAGCAGACAAACACAUCAAGGGAGAGGAGAGGUCUUAGAGAUCUAACAUAUAACUUUCAAAAACACAGUUACAAAAGAAUUUAAAUAAAAUUAACGUUCAACAUCCCUGAAAUUAGUACUGAAGAUACCUAGAAAAUUUUGGAAUCAAUAAUGUACAUCCUGACCUAGAAACUUACAGAACAUUUUCCUAUAAGUUACAGGACAGCUCUUGCAUUUUGCUGUCUUCUGUCCCCUUAUGCCAGAUGUUACAUAGAAGUUGGGACUUUUGGAUGAACAGUCUCCAUCUCAGGAGAGCUAAUGAGGUCUAAGCAACGUCAACGGAAGAUAUUCUUCUUUAUGAGGGCAUUUAUCAGGAGAAAAGAAUUGGCUUUCUUUCGCUGCAAAUCUGACAGCAGAAUUCUGCCUUAUCCCCAAAUGCGCAUCUUCUGUUG